UAAGAGUACAAAAGAUACAGAUUAGACCAAUUAGUAGUUAAUAAUUAUAAAAAUUUAUUUAUACGACACUUUGAGUUUUCGACUCAUUAACGUUAUCGACUUUGAUAACGGUUCAACGGUGUUCAUUGUCCAAACAUUGACUGUGGAAGUUCGUUUAUUACUAGUAGUUGUUUCUAAUUAGUAGUAUGAUUAUGUAGCAGCUUCAAGAAUAACCGUGUCAGUUGUAGCAACAACUGUCGUGUAUGUUUAAUAACAUUACUGCCAAAAUAUCGAAUAAUCGUAUUUAAUGCUGGUCAUUGUUUCCUGGCUUUAAUCAGUCCAGGAUUCAUUUUACACUCGUGGAAUUAUGGACUCAAUUAAUGUACUCAAAUAUAUGGAGAAAAGACAACUUGGCUAUACCGGAUUUAAAAGCAAAUUGAGUGACAUGUUUAUUGGACAAAUGGGUUAUAUACCACAAGCAAAUGAUAACACAGACAAUACAAUCAUUCAUGUUGGAAAUACUUUUGCUUGUAAGUUCAGUAGGAAUAAAAACAAUUUGCACAUAGUUGGUGUUUCAACUGAACACGGAGAUAUACUUAUUCAAAAUACUAUAGGUCAUUACAAUGACCAAAAAAAACAGAUUAAAAGAAAUGCUGUACACGACAAUGCUAUUUUUAACUUUGGAUGGGCUGAGCCACAAAUGAAAUUAAUAACAGCCUGUGGAGAUCAAUCCUCAAAGUUAUGUAAUUUAAGCCCAUCAGGGGUACUCGAUGUAGAAAAAGAAUUUAUUUAUAAUUCUUCUGUUAAAAGUGUAAUGUUUUGCCCUGGAUCUUCAGAUGUAUUUUGUGGUGGAUGCCAAGAUGGUUCAAUAAAAAUCUGGGAUGCACGUUUAAAUAAUGCUCAAAGAGUUUUGGAGUUUGAACAUAAUAUACCUAAUACACAUGGCAUUUAUGGAGCAGUAUUAAAAAAAAAUAAAUCAAAAAAAAUGUUUGGAGUAUCUUCUGUAAUAUUUAAAACUGAUCAAACUGUUAUAUCCUGUUCUUCCAUGGACCAUGAUAUCAAAUUAUGGGAUUUACGUAAAAGUUACCGUCAAGUAAAAGGUAAUACAGAACCUCUACCACUCAUGAAAUAUUUUAAUGAAAUGAAAAUUUCACCGCUAAAUAAUGGUUAUGUAGAUAUAAUAACAAAUCCGCAAUCUACUUUAAUGUAUGCGAGUUGUAUAAAUAAUGUUAUUUACUGUUAUUCAUUGGAUUCUACAGACACAAAGCCAAUAUGCCAAUACUCUGGUCAUUCCCAUGAAACUGGAUACUCCAAAAUUAGCAUUAGUCAUGACGGCCGUUAUCUAUUUAGUGGUUGUAUGGAAAAUAUUGGCAUUAUAUGGUUGACAGAUUUUCCUUAUAAUGAAAAUCCAAUGUUUAAAAUAGACAAAAUUGAUGAAAAAUGUUCUAAAAUAGAAUUGAGUGCUUCAGACUGGUGUGCAGAUUUAACAAGUACUAAAUUGGUAACAAGUAGUGAUUCAAUGCCAAUGGUGUGGUCAAUACUUACCCAUGAACAAAAAAUAUCUGAAGUAUCUUCAAUUUGCCCAACCUCAUUGUAUAAAUCAAGAAAAUCUUCAGUGAAGAUGUGUACGGUUCCUAUUAAAUUUGACACUGAACUCAAAGAAAAAUAUAAAAAAGAAACAGAAGAAACCAUGGAAAAUUGGGAUAUCCAAAAUCAAAGCUUUGUUCCAAAUUCAGAAUAUAUAAAUGUGACUCCUAAAAAACCAUGGGAUGCUAUUUUUUGUACAAAAACAACAUCUUCAUUGUCCACUCAGAUAUCACCUCAGUUAGAAACAACAUCCACACAUUCUACGCUCGUGGUUUCUAAUCAAAUCCCUGAAGUAGUUACACCUACUUCAAGUAAAAAACGAAAAAAAAGUAUUGUAUCCCCUAAAAGUUUAAUUGACCAAUAUUUGGUGCCAAGGAGCAAACGUGAAAAAUUGGAUACUGUACAUGAAAUAUAGUUGUUAAUUAAAAUAAUAAAAUAAAACAAAAUUUAUUUAUUUAUUUUAUAAAAUUUUUAUGUUGACUGACUAUUUUUGUAUAGGGACAGAUUUUGUGUUAAAAAAAAUUAUACUUUUUAUUUAUAUCACAUUAUUUCUGAUCACAGUGUUUAUAUAUUAUAUACAUUUUUAUUAAUAAGUUAAAAAUAUGUUAUUUCUUAAGUUGUCACAUUCCUUAUAUUAUAUUCUACUUUAGUAGCAUUAAGUUAAUAAAUAUUAGAUGUUUUAAGUUUAUUUUUUUAUUAUUUUAAGACAGUUAUGUAUUAAGUUUAUUGAAUUGUUAUGCUUGUGUGGGCCUCAAUUUUUUAUUAUAACAUGGGAACAAUCUGUGUACUUUUUCUGAUUUAAAAGAAAGUUAAUUAAGACGAGUUUGCUCAAAAAACCACAAUUCAGAGCAUUAAAGCUCAUAAAGUUAUUAAGAUAACAUAUUUUAUAAAUUAACGUGUCUAAAUUAAAAAAAAAACACUUAUUAACUUGUUAUUACAAUAAGAUAAAUUGAUGUUCAAAUAAACAAAAUAUUUGGUUAUAAUUAA